AUGCCAGACAAUCCAAACCCGGAUGAUGAUCACCACGCACCCACAGUAGCCAUCAACAAUGUGCCCAUCACAAGCUCCAUUCCAUUAACCACUGAAGAGCCUGUACGCAGACCAUGGCUCAAGACAGAGCUUGAGGAGCUGAACAACGAGCCAGAAACAUAUCCUGAAGACGCUAACAUUGCUGAUGAAGAUGACGAUACAUCCAAUGCGUCCGACACAGCAGAUAGUGACGAAGACUCCAUCACAGGACAAAACAAGAUCAAGAACAUCAUUGCCGCCGAGAAGAAAAACGAAGAUGACAGCGUGGGAGAAGAGAUUGUCGAGGAGCCAGAACAGCAGCGAAAGGACGAAUUCAAGGGAGGUGAUAUCUUGGCUUGUUUAGCUCGUGAAAUGAGUGAAUACCAAGAGAAACAAGACGACAUGACAAAUGAAUACGAGCGAAAAGUGCGUCAAGCAGAGACAGAAGACGAUUUGCUACAAGCAUCAGAUCCUGACUUGUUGCGUCGCACCGAGAGCAAUCGACAUAUCCCUUACGACGAGGUUGUAAAGCCACCCAAACGAUCCGACACAAUCCAUGGCCAAAGCGAUGAAACACAGAGAGAUCUGCUUGUAUUCUCAGAUAACCCGACUGUCAUUGAACAACCCACACAACUAAGUGUCGUACAAUACUAUGGUGCAGGAAAGAGCGGUGUGUUACCUGCUGCUUAUAGGUCAAAGCGCAAACCAAGAUCCUACCUGGUAGCUUGUGAUUUCAGUAAAGAAAGUUUGUAUGCUAUGGAAUGGACCAUGGGCACCAUGAUGCGUGAUGGUGAUGAACUGCAUGUAGCAACAAUAGCGAACCGAGAUGAUAAUCCAGAUGUGGUGAAAGCAACUGGCUUGGAUCCCACGGGAGAGUUGCACGCUACCUCGGAUGCGUUGAUUGCAGAAGCAAAGAAACUACUGGGGCAAAUGAUGCUGUUCAACAUCAAAUUGGUGACUCAUGCCAUGAUUGGACGUGUAAAAGACAUGCUGAAAUCUCUGACGCGUGAGCACAAUUACACAAUGUUGGUGUGUGGCAGCCGUGGAAGAGGCUCAGUGAGAACAUUGCUGAUGGGAUCCGUGUCUACCUAUUUGGUGCAUAAAUCACCAGUGCCAGUGGCUGUUAUUCGUAGACAAAAGAAAAAGAAGAGAGUUAAGCAUCAAAUAGUAGAGGCACAUUCAUUGAGUGAAAGUGUUAAAUCGGGCCAUUUGCAUGUAGAUGAGUUGAGUUAA